GCCUGGACUUGCUGUCUCGGUCCAGAUGUGCUUCGGUCCGGUUCGGUCCGGGCUAAUGGUUUCUGUUUCUUGAUCUAAUUAACUCCCGGAGCCACCUUAAAAAGCUGGCAGGGUGAUCCCGGCCUGGCCCCGCCUCUCGCGGCUCGUGCGGCAGACGUCGCUCCGGCAGUUUUCCCGGGUCUCUUUCUGGAUGUAGUCGUUGUCGGAACCCACCGAGUCCGAAACCCAACAGCACCGCCGCGAACGGGCUCCAUUUACCGGACCUGCAGCGCCAGGAGUGGGGAGGUGACUUUUUUUUCAGCCCCUCCUUAUCGAUUCUUUUCUGGAUUCGGUUCGUUUUCGCCCCCAGGACCAGAGUCUGUUCUCCGCUGCUGAAGGAACUGGUUUCAACGUCGGGACGAAGACCAGUUGGAGGUCCCCCCCUUCCUCCUCUUCCUCCUCCUCUUCUUCCUCCCCGCUGCUCGGAGGUUGUUCCACCGCGGAGCCCUGUUGGGAGAUGGACCAGCCCCAGUAAGGACGCUGCCCCGCGGUUCGGACUCAGUAGCAGGACGUGAUUUGGACCAGAACUCGCCUGUUGAAGAGUGGCAACAUGUUUACUUCCUGGUUUCCAUGGUGAUCAGAGGGAGCAUGCUCGUCCACGCCCGGAUCUAAGCUCAGCGUUCGUCUCUAGCAGCCGCCUCCAGAGGGGAGAAGACCUAGCUGCCCAGAACCGCGACCCGCCAGAACUGACCGCACCCAGAACCCGUCAGCCAGCCCGGACAGAGGAGGAGCGCCAGCAGCAUCGACAUGGCCAACAACACAGCCGACCACCCUCCGGGGAACUCGGUGGCUGAGGGCGGCCAUGACGGCGGCCAUGACGGCGACUUUGGAAUCAGCAUGCAGGAGCUGAAGGACCUGAUGGAGCUGCGGAGCUCCGAGGCUGUCGGAAAGAUCCAGGACGGUCACGGAGACGUGCAGAACAUCUGCCGCAAGCUCAAGACCUCGCCCAUCGAAGGUUUGUCUGGAAACCCGGCCGAUCUAGAAAAGCGCCAUGCUGCAUUUGGGAAGAACUUCAUCCCUCCCAAAAAGCCGAAGACGUUCCUGCAGCUGGUGUGGGAGGCGCUGCAGGACGUCACCUUGAUCAUCCUGGAGAUCGCUGCCAUCAUCUCCCUGGGCCUGUCCUUCUACCAUCCACCAGGGGGCAAUGCUGAAGCAUGUGGCCAGGCUGGGGGCGGCGUGGAGGACGAGGGAGAGGCGCAGGCCGGCUGGAUCGAGGGAGCCGCCAUCUUGUUCUCUGUCAUCAUCGUGGUUCUGGUCACGGCCUUCAAUGACUGGUCCAAGGAGAAGCAGUUCCGUGGCCUCCAGAGUCGCAUCGAGCAGGAGCAGAAGUUCACCGUCAUCCGCAAGGGCCAGGUGAUCCAGAUCCCCGUGGCCGAGAUUGUGGUGGGAGACAUCGCUCAGAUCAAGUACGGAGACCUGCUUCCCGCCGACGGCAUCCUCAUCCAAGGCAACGACCUGAAGCUGGAUGAGAGCUCUCUGACCGGAGAGUCGGAUCAGGUCCGGAAGUCCCUGGACAAAGACCCCAUGCUGCUGUCUGGGACUCAUGUGAUGGAAGGCUCUGGCAGAAUGGUGGUGUCGGCCGUUGGCCUCAACUCCCAGACCGGCAUCAUCUUCACCCUGCUGGGCUCCAGUGAGCACGACGAGGAGAAGAAAGUCAAAAAAGGUAAAAAACAAGGACCCCCCGAAAAUCGCAACAAAGCCAAGACCCAGGACGGCAUUGCGCUGGAGAUCCAGCCGCUGAAGAGCGAGGAGGCCACCGAGUCGGAGGAGAAGGAGGAGGUGAAGCAGGUCAAGAAGGUCAACGUGACCAAGAAGGAGAAGUCUGUUCUGCAGGGCAAGCUGACCCGGCUGGCGGUCCAGAUCGGCAAGGCUGGUCUGUUCAUGUCCGCCCUCACCGUCAUCAUCCUCAUCCUCUACUUUGUCAUCCACACGUUCGCCAUCCAGGGCCUCCCCUGGAUGGCCGAGUGCACGCCCAUCUACAUCCAGUACUUCGUCAAGUUCUUCAUAAUCGGUGUGACGGUUCUGGUGGUGGCGGUUCCCGAGGGGCUGCCGCUUGCCGUCACCAUCUCUCUGGCCUAUUCCGUCAAGAAGAUGAUGAAGGACAACAACCUGGUGCGCCACCUGGACGCCUGUGAGACAAUGGGCAACGCCACGGCCAUCUGCUCGGACAAGACGGGCACGCUGACCAUGAACCGCAUGACCGUGGUGCAGGCGUACAUCGGAGACGCGCACUACAGGACAGUCCCGGAACCUGACGCCAUCAACCCGGGAACGCUGGACACCCUGGUCAACAGCAUCUCCGUCAACUCCGCCUACACCACCAAAAUCCUGCCUCCAGAGAAGGAAGGCGGCCUCCCGCGCCACGUCGGCAACAAGACGGAGUGCGCCCUGCUGGGUCUGGUGCUGGACCUGAAGAGGGACUACCAGCCAAUCAGAGACGAGAUCCCAGAGGAAAAGAUGUACAAGGUUUACACAUUCAACUCCUCCCGCAAGUCCAUGAGCACAGUGCUGCAGAACGCUGAUGGAGGCUUCCGGAUGUACAGCAAAGGAGCGUCGGAAAUCGUCCUGAGGAAGUGCUCCCGGAUCCUAGACGCUAAGGGUCAGCCCCGUGUAUUCAAGACCAAAGACCGAGACGAGAUGGUGAAGAAGGUGAUCGAGCCUAUGGCGUGCGAUGGACUGCGGACCAUAUGCGUGGCGUAUCGGGACUUCCCUGCUGAGGCCGGGGAACCCAACUGGGACAACGAGAACGACAUCCUGAACGAGCUGACCUGCAUCGCCGUGGUGGGCAUCGAGGACCCCGUCAGACCCGAGGUACCCGCGGCUAUCUCUAAGUGCCAGCGGGCGGGAAUCACCGUGCGCAUGGUAACCGGGGACAACAUCAACACCGCCCGCGCCAUCGCCACCAAGUGCGGCAUCCUGCUGCCAGGAGAGGAGUUCCUCUGUAUGGAGGGCAAAGAGUUCAACACGCAGAUCAGGAACGACAAGGGAGAGGUAGAACAGGAGCGUCUGGACAAAGUCUGGCCCAAACUUCGGGUUUUGGCACGUUCAUCGCCGACGGAUAAACACACCCUGGUUAAAGGAAUCAUCGACAGCACGGUGGGAGAAACCCGACAGGUGGUGGCCGUGACGGGAGACGGCACCAACGAUGGCCCUGCUCUUAAGAAAGCCGACGUGGGCUUUGCCAUGGGCAUCGCCGGUACCGACGUGGCUAAGGAGGCGUCCGACAUCAUCCUGACCGACGAUAACUUCACCAGCAUCGUGAAGGCCGUUAUGUGGGGCAGGAAUGUCUACGACAGCAUCUCCAAAUUCCUGCAGUUCCAGCUGACCGUCAACGUGGUGGCCGUGAUCGUGGCCUUCACCGGUGCCUGCAUCACCCAGGACUCCCCUCUGAAGGCCGUGCAGAUGCUGUGGGUCAACCUCAUCAUGGACACUCUGGCGUCCCUCGCCCUGGCCACCGAACCGCCCACCGAGUCGCUGCUGCUACGCAAACCCUACGGCCGCGACAAGCCCCUCAUCUCCCGGACCAUGAUGAAGAACAUUCUGGGCCACGCCGUGUUCCAGCUCAUCAUCAUCUUCACUCUGCUGUUUGCAGGGGAAAAGUUCUUCAACAUCGACAGCGGCCGCAACGCUCCGCUGCACUCCCCGCCGUCUGAACACUACACCAUCGUCUUCAACGUGUUCGUGAUGAUGCAGCUCUUCAAUGAGAUCAACGCCAGGAAGAUCCACGGCGAGAGGAACGUGUUCGAGGGCGUGUACAAGAACCCCAUCUUCUGCAGCGUGGUCCUGGGCACCUUCGCCCUGCAGAUCAUCAUCGUUCAGUUCGGAGGGAAGCCGUUCUCCUGCGCGCCGCUCACCAUCGACCAGUGGCUGUGGUGCGUCUUCGUGGGAAUGGGCGAGCUGCUGUGGGGACAGCUGAUCUCGGCCAUCCCGACCCACCACCUGAAGUUCCUGAAGGAAGCGGGCCACGGCAUCACCAAGGAGGAGAUCCACAAGGAGGAGCUGACGGAGGACACGGACGAGAUCGACCACGCAGAGAUGGAGCUGCGGCGAGGCCAGAUCCUCUGGUUCCGAGGGCUCAACCGGAUCCAGACCCAGAUGGAUGUGGUCUAUACCUUCCAGACAGGCCAGGCGGCGGUGCCCGGUGCCCUGCGCCGCCAGCCGUCCGUCGUCAGCCAGCACAAUGACGCCACUGCCGCCAAAACUCUCUCUAGCCCCACCCAUAUUAAGGUGGUGAACGCGUUCCGUAGUUCCAUCUUCGAGGUGGAGAGUCCACAUUCCCGUAGCUCCAUCCAUAAUUUCAUGGCCCAUCCUGAGUUUUUGCCGCAUUCUGAGGAGGAGGCGCCUCGGUUCAGCAUCAUUGAGGAGAACAGCGACGCGAUCGAGGAACUUCACUGAUCCUCGGCGAAGGAGAAGCACCUGGCAGCAAGGAGCUCCUCCUCCUUCCCCUUCUCUUCAUCACAUCCACCAGCUGGGUUGUUGCUCUGAGGAGGGGCAUCAUGACUCACCCUCUCAUCAGCACACAUCCUCGCCCCACGCUGUCUCCAUCCUGACUGUGAUGUUGUUCAGUUUGUUCCUCCAUCGCCUCCAUCCCAUCAGCUGGGGGCGGAGCCUCCUCACCAGGAAUACCUGCUUCUCGUUUAGACUCCCUCAGUUCACUUAUAGAAAUCUUCCUCCCCUUUUCACCUCUGCAUGCUGCAGUGCAUCAUGGGAAGGCAGUUUGUUCUCUUCCCAACACGGCAGCAUGCAGAGACGACCCGCUCUCCGACCUCGUCCCGUCUGAGCCGGGUUCUGUUUCCCCCUGCCCCGGUUUAUUUGCAGCGUCUGUCUUAACCUGAUGCAUGUUUUGAUUUCCUGUUGAGUCUCAUGAUGGCCGCGAGUCCAGCUGUUUGGACGCGUCUCUGUUCAGAGCUCCAUGAUCUUCCUGUCUGUCCCACGUUGGAGAACCUGAAGGAAACAUCCGGCAGAUCUUUUGCUGUUUCGCCACGACAUGGUUGGCUCUGUUGAUCACUACCGUCGCAUUAAACACUAACCGCUUCGUUUCGUUCCCCUCCCCUCUGACGCCGCACGGCGGAGACGCCGGCGCCGGUCGGCCCAUCUGAGCUGCACCGGGUCAGGUUCAACUUAAAGGGGUAUUAUUAUGUAUUUUCCAGGCACAAAGUGCCAUUUUAUAACACAAUCAAGUAACUAUUGUACCUUCAGUUCUAAAAAUGCUGUAUAUAUUAAACAUGACCUAAAAUAAAUUUCUUUACAAUUUAACGCUUUGAAAUUGGGACUCUGUCACCUUUAGAAGCUCCUGCUCUUUCUGACACUUUCUGCUUGGAGACUGCAGCUCAGUUAAACUACACAUUUCUUCACCCAGAGUGGUUUCCAUGCAGAUUAAAGGAUUUCUCAAACAUGCAUGAAAGAAUCAAGGCAACACUCCAGGUAGGUUUUUGAUACCUGGAGUGUUGCCUCCAGGUGUUGCCUCCUGGAGGAAUAACAUCAUAACCUGAUGUACAGCUCAAAAUUUUGCAUAAUACCCCCCCUUUAAAAAUCACAGAAAAAAAUCAGAACUCAUUUCAAACACCAGCGUGUUUAGCGUUUGCCCCGACUCAAACGUAGAGCCCACUUUUCCUGCUGUGCAUGAUGGAGGCCUGGCUGGAGCUCCACCUCUCCAUCACAGAGGCCCCGCCCCCUCAGGCAGCUGAACGAAGCUUCCUCUGCUCCCGUCAUCAAACACUAAGGAGUUUAAACAUUCAGAAGGAGCUGACUGCAGUACUGAUCCGUUGGUUGGAUCAAUGCAGGAAGUUCCCUUAAAGUGGAGCCAUGAACAGAGUCAGAAUGAGGCUGCAGACACUGACUGGCAGAGCGCAAAGCAUUUAAAGCCAGUAAUGGACAGUAGGCUCAGUGUCUGCAGCUACAAGCUCCUGGGUCCCUCGUUGUCAGGCCUUCCUGGAUUGCCCAUAUCAUUUGUCGCCAGGAGCUCUUGGAGCUCUUGGAUCGGCCAGAAAGUCCUGGGUUUUCCGCCAGGUGCUCCUGCGUCUUCGACCAACGGGCAGUUCUAGAGCUCCUGGGUCGCUCACCGCUGGGCGUUCCCUGAUCGCUCGCCACUGGGCGGUCUUGGGUCAUUCGUCAUCCGGCGUUCCUAGAUCGCUUGUCGCCAGGCGUCCCUGGGUUUUCCGAUACCAGGUGCUCUUGGGUUGUUCGCCAUCAGGCACUAUCAGAUCGAUUGCCACUGGGCGUUCCUAGAUGGUUCUCCGCCAGGCUCUCCCAGAUCGCUCCUCGCUGAGCGCUCCUGGAGCUCCUGAGUCGUCUGCCGUCGUUCCUCAUUUGUCUGAUUUUCGAUGAGCUGUCAGUGACAUCACACGGCCAGCAGCGGAGCCGGCGUCUGCUCAUCAUCAUCACCGUUACCCCGGCGACACCGCUCUGCCCUGCUGUGUUGGACAGGCGUUAGUGUGGAGGCCACGCUGAGGUUUAUAGGAGACUGAUGAUGUCACCAGUCGGCCUGUAGAGUUGAAUCCACUGUGUCCCCGCCGCUUCCCGCAGCGGCGCGUCCGAUCCCUUCAAACAGCCGUCGGCCUCUCCUGACGGAGCCGAUGUGCUACUACUGCCAUAUUUUCCAUGACUUGGUUAAUCUUUUCCCCUCGACGAGCUUUUUCUAAGUACUCAGAGCCAUAUUUUCUAGAAUGUUGUUUUCCGUCAUUAUUCCAGAGGCCCCACCCUGCCCUCCAAACACGACCAAAAAGCGAGGAGAAACUCUUCAGUUGUCACUGCCGAACCGUGUUUGAAGGACCUCUCCGAUGUUUACAUGAGAAGCGGUUUGACCCCCUCAUCUGUUCCUCUCCUCAAUCUUACUGUUUACCUGAGUAGGAAACCUUUCUUGCAUGGUGUUCAUAUAAAAUUCAAUGUUUUGUUCAUUUUUUACAAUUCUUCUGUAUUUUUAUAUUGAGUACUUUUUAAUAUUUUGCAGAUGUAUGAAUCUGUGUACAGGCUGAGGAGUUUGGUGAGCGUUCAGAACCUGAAUGAUAGGAAUCUGCCGUGGACUCUGUUUUUACAGCUCCCAAUGUUUCUGCCACGUGUGGCGUCCGAGUCACCUGACGUUAGGGCUCCCAAACCUGCAGUGACUUGUUUACUUCCUGUUGGCUGUUCACUUCCCAUCAGCCCCUCUGGCUCCAGUUUGGUUUCUUUGUUGUAACGGUUCUGACUUGGUUUGAGUCCAACAUUAAACAGGAAUGUAUCGUUAUUCCUCCAACUUCUGGGUUUGUUUGUUCACUGGAUCAUGUUGUGUCCGGCUCCAGGCUCCGCCCCUCAUCCAGAGCUCGGCGCCGGUUGGGUUAGUCAUCCGUUUACUGCCUCUGUGGGACUCUGGGUCAGAACCGGGCCUACGAUAACCAACUCCUGAGGUUAGUGUUCAGACCCAACCACAUUUCAGCCUCGUCUCAAACACUCAGUUUGGUCUCUGAUCCGUUUCUACACGGAGACGAUUACCCAAGUCCAGACGGACCUGAGAACAGAAUUCCAGAAAAAACCUGAGCUUAGUGCCGGUAGAACCGGGUUGGGCCAGAGGUUCUUCCAGAACCCAGACUUAUCCAUCCUGUAGAUUCUGACUGCAGCAGUUAGAGCCGAGUCGUUUUCCGGUCCGGCGCCUGGUUCUGGAGCCUGGAACGGGACACAAGGUGCCGCUGCGCUCCGUCUGACUUUCAGGAUACUGUGGAGAGGGUGGGACUGUCUAAGCUCUCUGACAUCACUUCCUCUUCCUGCUGAACUCCUGCCCCUGACCAGCAGGUGGCGCGUGUGUAAAUAAUGUCCCAUACCGAAUGAGGCGAACCAGGAAGUGGGAGAGCGGCCAAUCAGCCAAUUAUCACCCAGCAUAGCUUUAAGAAUGUUCUGCCAAAGUCGUUUCCAUCCUCUCUCACCUCCCUCCCUCGGCCUGGUUCAGGAUUGUCCCUCUGCUCUUGCCGUAGCCUCAGUGGCUCCGCGGGGCGUCCGGCUGCUUGGACCUCAUCCCGGACGCCCCUGCAGCAGCAGAACUUUGUUUUCCAUCAUGAAGGAGCUUCUUCCGUUACGACCCUGCUCAUCGUCUGCAAAACGAACUGGAACAUCACAGCUGGAAGCCACAUUUACAUUCCGAGUGUAUUUAUCUCCGAUAUGUACGAAUAUAUAUCAGAUUUAAAUAUGAAGGCAGAAAUCCGGUUCUCUGUUUGAACUUUGUUGCAAAAAAGACUGAAAGUUUUAGUUUCUGUAAUUACUAUGAUAGCCAGUUAUAGGCGUUGGUGUUAUUUUUGUAUAAACAUGAUAUCAUCUAUGUGGCAUGCAUGACAUAUAUACAGACUUUGGUGGUUUAAAGCAAUAUGUCCGACCUGGUGCGAUUGGUUCCGUCGUGUUCUGUGUAGCCAGAAAAAACCCAACAAAACCCAGAAAAAAGAAUCAGCAGCUGUUCAGUAUCCGUGUUCAAUGUUCUGUGUUCUGCAUGUUUUAGUACGGAAUGACACAUCCCAACUGUUGACUCCACUCACACUCACACACACACACACACCCACACACACACACACACACACAGUCAGUCUCCGUUACACUGAGAGGAGAAAACACUGAGCAAACCUGGAAUCUCAUCUUUCUGUUCCCAUCAUCCCCCAUCACAGCACUCAGGUUCACAGACUGUCCCUGAACUCAUCGCUCACUCUCACCAAUCGCAUCAAUUGAUCCGAAAAACUAAACCUCCGAUAUCUGGAUCAGAAUCCAAACUUUCCCAUCAGCAUUUUGUCCUCUCCAAAAAUUAAAAUCUGACGUCAGAAAUUCAGUUUCUGAAAAAUUAUCUGCUGCUUUACGUAUGAACACGUCUUCGAGAUUUGUCCAAAGCAUUUUUUUUUCUCUCUGGUUGUUGGAUGGUUCCAUCCGACCCGGUUCAGGUGUCACACCAGAUUCUGAGGCGCCCCCGGAUCCGGUGUGACACCAGAUUAACAGGAACCAGUCUGAAGCUGUAAAACAUGAGACAUCUGGACUGUCUGGAACAUUUUGGAGGGUUUUUUUUUUUUUUUUUUGCGUGAAUGUUUUUACCUCUGCAGCUUCCGACUGACGCUGAGAGGGAAAACUGAAAUAUUCCAAGGAAUCCAUUUCAGUUCAAAUUUAAGAGGCCAAUGAAAUUAUUAUUAUUAUUAGAAAUAUUGUUAUUAAAGUAAACAAAAGCUGAUGCAGUCAGAAAUGUUUGAAAAAUGUUUUUCAGAAUAAAAGCCUGUAUUUACUGCUUGA